GAAAAAUUAUUGCAAUGGCGCCCUACACGCUCAGGUUGGACGCUCCAUUUCUGAUCUGAUCUGAGUCACGCUCUUGGGUUAUAAUUUUUACCUCACUCUCUUCUCCCCGUGGUGCAUAAUCUUCUCCUUCACUCUCUCGACUUCCUUUGAACCCACCUUCACUUUCUCUUUGUCUGUCCACCACAACUUAGGAGCGGUAGUUGAGAAAAAGGCCUGGAAACGCUAUUCUACAAUGGCUACUGAACUCCCCACCACCAAUGGCACCGGCGCACAGGAUGGCGAGACGAACUUUGCGGUCAAGGCCGGAUUGGCAAGGAUGUUAAAGGGAGGGGUCAUUAUGGAUGUUGUGAAUGCCGAGCAGGCACGUAUAGCAGAAGAAGCCGGCGCUUCUGCCGUCAUGGCACUCGAGCGCGUACCUGCGGACAUUCGCGCCCAGGGCGGCGUAGCACGCAUGAGCGAUCCCAAAAUGAUAAAGGAGAUCAUGGAGUCGGUCACCAUUCCCGUCAUGGCGAAGGCGAGAAUUGGCCACUUUGUCGAGUGCCAGAUCCUCGAAGCCCUCGGCGUAGACUAUAUCGACGAAUCCGAAGUCCUCACCCCCGCCGACGCUAUCCACCACGUCUCCAAACACUCGUUCCGCGCACCCUUCGUCUGUGGUUGUCGCAAUCUUGGCGAAGCCCUACGCCGCAUCUCCGAAGGCGCAGCUAUGAUCAGAACUAAAGGUGAAGCUGGAACCGGCGACGUCAUCGAAGCCGUCCGCCACAUGCGCACCGUCAACGCUGAAAUCUCUCGUGCAAAAGGCAUGUCUGAGGAAGAACUGCGCGUCUAUGCCAAGGAAAUCGGGGCCCCGUAUGACUUGCUCAAGGAAACCGCAAAGUUGGGGAGACUGCCCGUGGUUAAUUUCGCCGCCGGGGGUGUUGCUACGCCCGCUGAUGCGGCGUUGAUGAUGCAGUUGGGUUGUGAUGGCGUGUUUGUUGGCUCAGGCAUUUUCAAGUCCGGUGAUGCGGCGAAGAGGGCGAAAGCCAUUGUGCAGGCGGUUACACACUAUAAGGACCCAAAGGUGUUAAUGGAGGUUAGUAUGGAUUUGGGCGAGGCUAUGGUUGGCAUUAAUACAAGCAGUAUGCAGGAAGGGGAGCGGCUUGCUAAGAGGGGGUGGUAAGACAGAGCUAAACCGAGGUAAGAGCCCUCGGUGUGGAAGUGUGCAUAAUUGUUUAUACGGUUCUGGCGUUUCGGGGUGGAAAUCUGUACAAGCGAUGAUGGGCGGUCCAGCUUGAGAUUGGAUGGAACGCAACGGGGUCUCAACACCUCGUUUCUCCUGCAAAAUCUAGCAUAUGAGUACAUUCAAGAAGACUUCAUGGAAAUGCAAAAUAGAAUAUAGCGCUCUAAUCUAAGCUACUCUCCU